AUGACACAGCGCUCGCGUGCUGUGUUGCUCAACAAGACUAGCAAAACAGAUGAUUUUGUUCAGUCAAACGAGAGAGAUCUAUUGACGGAAGAGUCCAGUUUACGAAUCUCUCGUGAGAACCCCCAUUCCGGUCAUUCACAUCCUGUGAAUUCCACCAUGUGGUCUCAAAUGGGCUCGACAAUUUUGGUUCGCCAAGACCCACGUUUGCAUCGAUCGAGCAUCAACGGUACAGAAAAUCCGGAUCAGAUGACUCAGUCGGAACGAGAUUGCAUUCUGCGUAAUUUGAUGCAAUAUCUUACAAACAGCGGAACCAACAAUUCAGUUUCAACCGUGUCUACCAGUGCGAGAACUAGCGUAAUGAGCUCGGGAUUGGAACAUGGUGCCUCGAUGCCGGUCAGCUCGAUUGCUCCCCACAGUCAGUCGGACGGAGGUAAUGUGGCCAAACGACCCGGAAGUGAGAUUCUUCAGAGACUUCAUGCUGUGGUGAAUGAAGCCUAUGAACACGCCCAGAAUGAUGAAAAUUUGACCGCCAUACUAAAUUCUUUGCUUGCCUAUAAAUCGGCCGACAAAGAUACACUCCAUAUACCUACCAAUAAAUAUGUUCAUCCUACUUCGCGUGGUGAAACACUGAGAAAUCAAAGUGAGUUUGAUUGUCGUCCAUUUCUCGGUCCGAAAACGCCACCAUCACCCAGCGCGAAAUUACGUGAUGAUGCAAGCGGUCGAUCGAUCCAACGACUCCCCGAUACAAGAAAACCGGUCAACUCUACUGCACUUGUGUCACAAGAAACAUGUUCCUGUUGUCGCGAUCAACGUACUCGACGCAAUCGUAUCACACAAGGGGUUGAUGUUUACGAAGCUUCGAAAUCGGACCGGACAGACCCGCGGUGUUGUCAAUCCCCGGUCGGGCAAAUAGAGUUGAAAACACACAGAGAGUCCCAUGAAUCCGCUCGGGAUUCGGAAACGAUUUCCUGUUCAGAAAAACGAAUGCAUUGGUCAGACAACUGUCCGUCCGAUUUGUCACCCACUAAACUGGAUCGAUCAAGACGAUCGGUCGAAAUGCUGAUGUCUAAAUCGGAUCGAAAAGAUCGAUCCAGAGAUAUUUGCACAUGUGCCGUAUGCAUACCAAAUGCUCGUAUUUUUUCUGACCCAAAUGAUCAGUGCAUCAGUGAUAUCCGAGAAACCCAGUCACAUAAGGCCAGGUUAAACGAACAGUGGCCCGUAUCUCCAGAUUACGAUUUGUCUACUACACGUCACCAUCGGUCCUUGUCAGAAAGCACUAUGAACGAAACAAUUUAUGUCCCGGAGUCACGGACGAAUCGAACUUUUCUCGAAUUGUCAUACCGGAAAGAGACUAGAAUGGGUCAUUUGAAAAGACAUUCACGAAUGUUCAACAGUCACAGUCGUCAUAUGGAAUCUCAUCGAUCCAGAUCUCGAUCACCGUGCAUUAUGGAUCCGCAUAGAAAUCGUCGCUUGCGUGAGAACGUGCGCUCCACACACGCUCAUUGUGAAACGCGUGGUGCACGUAAAUUGUUGAAAAGUGAAAUGCAGCACAGAAGUCACGAAAGUGAUGCUUUUCAUUCUAAACAUUUUUCACCAUACACAGAUAUAGACCGUAACAUGACGCGGUCUCGUAAACUACAAUCAGCAUUUUGUCGUCAUUUAGAUCCAUCCGAUGUCCCCAUACGGUUUCAUGCUGCUUGUUCCACAACAUCAUAUCGCCGACGAUCACCGGAUGUGAGAACAUCCAGACAAGGACUAAAACGAUGUAACGUGCGACCGCAUCGGACUACACGGUCCAAUCAUUAUUGUGGUCCACCUUCACCCUAUACGGUGGUCAGAAGCUACCGAGCUUCUUCCGUAAACAGUAAUUCUCCUAAAUGUCCAUCACCACCACAUCAUGAACCGGUAACGUUGUCUCGCUACUCAAACCUUGAACGAUUACAAACCAAGUCCAGUGUGCAUUCGAACCAAAUCUCCCAUUCCCCGACCAUCACACAAUCAGUGGACCAAAAUGCAAGGGACUCUAUUUCUUUAACCGAUCCUAAUGUUUGGUUAGGUUUUGGUCACAGUGCCAAAUUACCCUCAGUUGUGAGUACAUGUACUGUUCAACAAAACUUGGUCAGCAAAGAUGUGGGUGCUACAAAGAAGAAGGCACGUAAGGGAUCCAGAGGUGUGGAAACGUUGAAUUCUAUUCCAUUUCAAGACUCGAAUCAAAAUUGUGCAGAAGAUCAGACACAGAAAACAGUUGACUCGACUGAUUAUACGGUCCAAAUUGUUUCGGACGGAUCCAGUCACCCUAAUGAUUUCGCCACAGUUCCAACUGAACGCAGAUCUGUGAGUGCGAGCAGUUCACGAAGUAGUUGUUGUUCCACUUCAAGUCAGACCAGUACCAGUGAGAGUACUGAGUCCGAGGAGAGUAGUUCCAGUAGUGCAAGUAGUUCUGGUGGAAGUGCGACUGAAUCGAAUCCGUCGAGAGCCGCAUCAAUCACUGACCGAUCUGUUCCCAUUUUUCCCGGUGUUACAACAUCGGAUCCUAUGGAGCCCAGACCGUCUGAUUCGGAUCAACCAGAACCCAGCAUAUCGCACUCAUUGGAACCGUCGAUAGUUGAACACGAAGAAGUGAUUCUAUCCAGUCCAGCUGAACCGUCAAUCCAAAUCGCUGUCGAAACAACAUGGGAAGACGGACAGGGACCGGAGAUGGAGACGGAUUACAUUCAGUCAGAUGUGAAUGAUCACAGUCCGGAGGUGAAAACUAAUUCCGUCAAAUUGAUUGAAGCUGCACCGGUCAUUUUCUCUGAUACAGACCAUGUUCUAUUGCAAGAAUCACCAACUAGGGAAGAUAGUUCGGUAGCAGAGAUUCAUUCUAGUGUCUUGGAGUCACAGACUCAUCGGCUUGUCACAAUCAACCAACAGGUACAACAAUCAAGUCCAGGAACGGAAAUUCCAAGAAUGACCGAUCCGCCUCCGAAAACUAUAACAGAAACACAUGGGAGCGCAGAAGAAGAGGGUGAAGUAUUCUCUGAUGGGACCAGCGAUGUAGAUGAGAAUCAGCCACUAUUAAAAUCAUGCACAAAAGUCUCCUAUGACUUAAACGAGAAUGAACACACAGUAACCGAAGCUCCACAUCGCGCGAAAAGGCCGCGGUCACCGAAAUCGGAAGAACUAAUGCAUUUGAGAGAGGUUAAGAAUGAAUUAAAACGUCAAAAAGCAUGCAAACCAAGGCGUUCGCCAGUCAUGAGUGUGGAUAAAUUCAAAGCUCCUGCAGCUCCGAAACCAGUGUCCGACUUACUUGGUGUAUACAAUCCCGCUCAUCCCAACAUCAACUUCACCUUGGAAGAAGAGAUCAAUCGCAUGAUUGGUAUGGGCGCCGCAGAGGUUUUUUCGUGGAAAUCGACUUGGAGCGGCCAGUACUGCCAUUUAAGACGUUUUGUUUCACUCAAACGAAAAAUCUGA